UGCAGAACGCAGAGUGGAACCUGUCGGUUGUUAUCUCCGUUGGCUGAGUUAAGGUAGUGUUUGUAUGUUGUUUAACGCUUUUAGCAGGCUGUAGACUGAACUCGGUUUCAAAGCUGCAGGUGUUUUUUAAUGCAAUAAGGUCUCAAUAAUCAAAGCCUCACCACCAAACUUGGGAAUGUUAGUUGACCUAUUUCACGCCCUACAUGAGUGAUUGUGUUUAUGAUAUUGGCAACGAACGAACAAACGAACUUGUUGAAAGGGGGACGUUAGCUACUGGUUUAGCGUAUAAAAUUACAAUAAUACAUCAUAACCGCUUGGCCAUCUCAAAUCUAAAGUUAGGGGAAAUGACCCUACUGUUUUUACUUAAUAGCCUUCCUAACUCAUCACUGUUAAACGACUACACGUGUUUAAGUCGUAAUUUAGUCAAGUUAACUGGCCAUGUUACGUUUUGUCACCCACUGUGUUCUCUGAAGAUAAAGUUCUAUGUAUGUGUGUUUUCUGGCUCAGCUUGAUAAGAAAGUAAGUUAUUUGAGCAGUACUUGCGCGCAUACACUGUUAUCAGCCAAUUUUCUCUGCGUUCCUGAACACCAAUGCAAGUUUUCUCGUUUGUUCACACUCACGCAAUGUACAUUGUCGCUGUAAACCAAUGGGAGUGGCUGUGGUCGUGUCUCUCUGACUCACCCUAAAUUUCCAGGACAUUUUUGUAAUUAUUACCCCGAAGGUCUAAAAGUUUAAUAUUAAUUUAAAAUAGUUUUAAAAAUAACUCGCACGUUCCACUUCUGACUAGUAUUAUACACUGAUUAAGCAUAACUAAAACCACUGAUGGAGAAAUGAAGAACUGAUUAUCUCUCCAGCAUGACAGGCUCUGGUCCAGUGAGAUCUUUUGAUCGACCGCCUGACUGCUCAUCUAUCUCAGUGCUGAUAACUCAUGAUCUCACGUCCACGGGUCCCAACAUUUCUGUGCAAUGGGGGAGUGGAGGGCAACUAAUGCAUAUAUGGAAGACCCUGAGAUCUCGAGCAUAUCACAUGUGACGAUGUCUCCCUCAAGACAUAAUCAUGUGCCGGUGUACUCUUUGCCCUUGUCCAGAAGCUCCUACAGUGUAAUAAGUGCCUUUUGCACUGAAGAUAAUGUUCCUCAGGGCAUUUCAUACCUAAAUCAAGAGCUUGCCGUGCUCGGCCUCUCCAUGUGUAUUGAGGCCAGCUCAUCAGAGGGAGCGAGCCUAAAAGCGGUGCCAGUUCUAAAUGCCAUGUAUGAAUUGCUCCAAAUCCAUAAACGAAAUAUGUGUGCUUUAGAGGAGAUGGAGAAGGAACAGCUGAAGAAGCUGAGCACCUUAGAGCAUAUUCAGAUAAGCAAUUCCAGACUAAAGGAUCAGUUGGAGUUGUCAAUGAGGGAGAAGUCGGGACUGCAUGAGACAGAGAGGCAGCUUCAACUAAAAAUAAAAACUCUACAGAGCUGCCUAAAGACUGAAAAAGAGGAGGUUCAGAAGCUCCAAAGCAUUAUUGCUAGUCGUGCCUCUCAAUAUAGUCAUGAUGCCAAGAGAAAAGAGAGGGAAGCUGCAAAACUGAAGGAACGCCUCAGUCAGCUGUUGGUUGACAGAAAAGAAAAGAAACUAGCUAUUGAUGUUCUGAAUAGCUUGGGGCGAUCGGAUGGAAAAAGGAGUAUGUGGAAGACGGCAAAAUUGUCAGCUAGCCAUGAGAGUGAGAUGUAUAAAACGUUGCUCGGAGACUAUGAGAUGAGUCGGAAGGCUUUGAUUUUGGAAAAUGCAGAGCUUAAAAAAGUCCUCCAGCAGAUGAAGAAGGAGAUGAUGCACAUUCUGGCUCCACAGCAGCAGUCCAGCAGCGGAGCUGCUUCUGAUGACAGCCAGGAACAGGUUGAGUCAGAUGAAGAGAAAGCAGGAAACGCAAGCAGGGAAGCGUUGGACCAUUCUUGUGAACUUGCCAGGGAGCAACUCCUCAACAGCAUCCGCCAGCAGUGGAGGAAACUGAGAAACCAUGUAGAAAAAUUAGACCAAGCCUCACAGGUGCAGAAUCAGGUGGAGUCCAACAAAGAGACUAUACCUUUGGAAACUCAUGAGGAUGAGAUGGAGAGAAUGAGGCAGGAAGUCCAGCAAUGCAGGGAGUUCAUUCAUGCACAGCAGCAACUUCUCCAGCAACAGCUAAACACAUCAUUUGAUGAUGAGACAGCAGCUCUCCUUAACGACUGCUACACCUUGGAGGAAAAGGAGCGUCUCAAAGAAGAAUGGAAACUCUUUGAGGAGCAGAAGAAAAACUUUGAGAAGGAAAGAAAAAACUUUACUGAGGCUGCUAUUCGAUUAGGACGAGAAAAAAUGGCCUUUGAGGAAGACCGUGUUGGAUGGCUUAAGAAUCAUUUUUUGAACAUAACGCCAUUUACAAAUCGCAGGAGAUAUUCCUCAUCAGAUGGUCAAAGUGCCUUAUCAGUUAGAAGCGAACCAGAGGUUAGGAUGUCUUCUGCAAAAGCAAAGCAGUCCAAGUCGCCAACCUAUACUACAUUCUCCACUCCUAAAUCUUCACGAAGUUCUCCUGUGCCAUCAACAACUGAACUUUACAGGACUCUCCGCCUCUUAUCAGACAGCAGUUGCUCCAAACAUUCAAAUCGGGGACGCUGGCUUGAGACGAGUACCGUAGAAGAUGGACACCCUCAGAUCAAAUCUAAUCUCCAAGCUUGCACUGGUGAAAUUAGUAUUUUUACUUUUGGUGAAGAUCACAGUGUCACUUAAUCGGGGUGUCACUGAUGCCUUCCCCACCCCGCUCCCUAUUCUGAACACUAGCAUUGACUUAUUUGCUCUGACACAAGUGAUGAAUUAAUUUUCUAUUGAUACAUGGAUGAUGGAUCACUCACCAAAGCUGAUUAAAUAAGCACUUUAAAGAGUUCAUUUUUAUUUUACAAACUGAUCAGCACUGAAAUUUUAGAUUGUAAGAUAUAUUUAUGUAUAUGGUGAGUUAAAUGUUUAGAAUUUUGGAAGACGAAGUCUGUAAAUUGUAGGUUUUAAUAAAAUGGGGUGAAUGAAAGUAUUAUUUAUACUUCUGCCACAAUAAAGCUUUUCUUUUCCCAAUG